AAUAUUCACGUCUCGAUUUCAACUGGCAGUCUACUUUGCCUAGUACAGAUAUCGUGGAUGUAUAUUCUCAUGAGUAGAUGAUUGGCUUCGCCUGUAGAGAUUAAGCAGGCUGUUGCUAAGCAUUGGAGCGACAUACAAAAAUUUUACUUUUACAAUACCACCCUACAAGGACCUUGUUCCUGGAGGAAAUGGUCUCUAUCGGACAAGUCAAUUCCAUCACCGACAGCUUACGAGCCGAGAAUGCGAAUGCCUUGGUUCAUGCCAACCUUGAGAUUGUACCGCCGACUACAGCUGGGAUCAUUCAAGCCUGGGGGAAUUGGCAAGCCCGUCUUGCUACCGCACCGAUAUGUCUGGCGAAGAGCCAUAAGGCUAUUUUCAAGCCUGAAGAGACGUGCUGGAGUUGCCUCGAAAUUUUCUUCGGGUUGUCGGUUAAUACAGCACUAGAAUGGGUACCCCCUCGUCGCGAUUUGGAUUCUCUCACUUACGCAAUAAAUUCUACUUGAACCUCCCGUUGAUAACAUUAUCCGAUUAUAAAACACGUAUAUUUAAC